AUAGUAAUUUUACAAUUUUCUUUUCACAGUACAUUCUUUUCUUUCACAGGCAAGUUCCGGAAAUUUGACUAUGGUCUUUUUGGUAACAUGAAGAAAUAUGGUAAGAUACACCCUCCAGAUUAUAAUCUCAGCAACGUCAAAUUGCCAGUGUAUUUGUAUUACGGUGCCAAUGAUAAAUUUGUCGAUGUUCAGAAUUUGUAUCAGCUGCACGAGGCAUUACCCAAUGCUCAGAAAUUUCUGGUACCAUCCAACGAUUUCGCGCAUCUUGAUUUCGUGUGGGGAAAGCACGCAGAUAUUUGGGUAUACAAUAAAAUUCUGAGUCUUAUGGAACGUCAUAGAAAAGAAAUAUAAAUUGUUAUUUUGUACAUUCACGAUAAUGGAAACGAAUGGUUCUCGUCAGUUUUCUUUUGUCCCCUCCGUGUGACUUUUUUGUGACAUUAUAAAAUCUUAUUAAUGAUACUAUAAUCAACGGCUAUGUCAAUUUACAAAAAUAAAAAAAAAAGAACGUUAAAUAUUCAUUUCACAAAGAUUUAUUCUUUUCAUGAUCUAAUUAAAGAUGAUUGAAGGACUAGCUGGGAUGUAUUAGUGAGUUUUGGAAUCGUUUCUUCAAUAUUUUCAGUUUUGAAAUACUUCAUAAUUUAUAUAUUUGCG